AUGUCACAAGUUGCUAAUAUGAUAUCGAAACAUACGGCCCCCAAUUCCAAAGAUGGUGCAAAUUAUAAAGUGAAAUCAGUUGCAGGACCGUUUGAAAAAGAAAGUCAAGCAAAAAAAUUAUCCAAAGCUUGGUCAGAACCAGAUACGUCAGAUGAUGGUAGUUAUAUAUCUCCAAUAAGAUCAUCUCCUAAAAAAAGGAAAAUAAUACCAAAAUGUAAUCGCCAACUUGAAAAAGAAUUUCUGGAACCACCUAAACCACCUACCACACCUAUAUCAACUAGAUCUAGUACACAUUUUGGUUCUGUUUUGUCAGAGACAAAUGAUAUACUACAAGGCAUGAACUCCAGCUCAAUCGAUGAAUAUAAAGAAAAUAAUAUGAAUAGUAUGUAUGUAGUCUUGUACUAUGAUGACUAUUUAGUUAUUUGUUGA